AUCUCCCUAUAAGUAGACGCUCGAUGACGCUGUUUCCACUCCAUCCCGUUCUGUCCAGUCCUAGCUAGUUCCUCCUCCUCCUUCCUCCUCCUCUCCUGAUCUUGAUUGGUAGAAUAUCUGUUAGUUGCGUCAGAACUCAGAGGAACAGAGCAUUGUUUUGCUAGCUCCUCCUGCAACUCGACCAUGAGCUACCAGCAGGGCUACCCGCCGCCGGGCACCGCAGCAGCGUACCCUCCGCCGGGGCAGCACCAGCAGGCCUACAUCGCGCCGCCGCCGUCCACGUACCCGCAGGACCAACAGUACCCUCCCGCCGGCGCCGACACCACCAGCCGCGGCGGGCACGGACACGGCGGCGACGGCUUCUUGAAAGGAUGCUGCGCGGCGCUCUGCUGCUGCUGCCUCCUCGACGCCUGCUUCUGAUCGAGCUUGUCCAGUGUUGUCCGACCGUCAUUAACUCAUGAUCAGGCACGGCAUAUAGAUUAUCGUCAUGAUCGAGUUUGAGUACUAGUCCCAGAGCACGAUUUUCGUGUGUUUAAUCGCGUGCGUUGUUUUGUUUCCAUUCGUAUGAUCCAGAUAGAUAGCCAUGUGGUUAUUCAAUAAAAUGCAUAUUCUCUUA